UGCUUGCAUCUUAAACGAUUAUCGAUAUCCGUAUAGGUAUUUUCGGCAACAUAAUAAUGAAAUAUAAUAGACGUUGCAAUGCGAAUAGAGGGGAAGGAUUGCCUAUUGUGAAUUCGCUCAUAUUAUUUUGAAGUAUAUAAACAUCAAGAUGAAAUUGUGAUAUCAACAGUCAACACACAAACAUGAAGCUGCAAGGAUUUACGAUACUGAUGUUAGUAAAAUUGCUUUCGGCUGAGACGUUUGGAACAGCUGAAAACAAACAGCAGAAGAGAGGUAUUUUUGGAUUCGGAUUUAGUGGUCUCAAUCUAAGUGGCUAUGGUUCUAAACCAAGCGGGAUUUCUAUGAGCACCCAGAGCAAUUAUGGAAACAAUCACCAUGUUCAAAGUGGAGUAAAAGAUACCAUGGAAAUACCCGCUCAUACCGAAAAUAUGGUACAUGUACCUUAUCCAGUUAAAGUACAUGUUCCAGUAGAUCGUCCAUAUCCAGUGCAUGUUCCAAAACCUUAUCCUGUGCCAAUUGUAAAACAUGUACCCUAUCCGGUUGUUAAACGUAUUCCAUACCCGGUAAAAGUACCAAUUAAGGUUCCUAUAAAAAUACCUGUGCCAAUUAUUGUGCCAAAACCAUACCCUGUAACGAUUGUUAAAAAAGUAACAGUGCCUGUGAAAGUUCCUUAUAUUGUUGAGAAGCAAGUACCAGUCUCGAACAAAAACCACAGAGGAUUUGGUACCAACGGAGGAAGCCACAGACAGGGUGGUUGGUUGUGAUAACUGAGCAUUGACUGAAUUUUUUAU